AUGUCUCAGAUCUAUAGUAAAGACUCUUUGGACAGAUUUGGUGACGAUUUGUGUGAAAUCCUAUUGAGUUACUUAUCAUUAGAGGACCGAUUCAGAUAUGAAUGUCUGUCCACUCAAUGGCAGCGAUCGGUAUUCACAACACAAAUCCAACUCAUAAUUAUCGUGAAAAACAAGUCUUUCGAGAAAAAUCUCAAACUUUGCAAAAAUGUCACUCAAAUCGUGUACUCGUCUCAUAUGGUUAGACAUAAUCGCACGUUUGGCCGACUAUUUAGCCGCCAAAAUGAGCUAUUAUUUCGCAAAUUAAGGGACAUUUCGUUCAUAACUACACCAGAAGUGAUGAAAGGCUUCAAGAGAUUUGUCGAUAACUAUGGCAAGAGUUUGCAUUCAAUUCACGUGGAAAUCGAUGGCAUGUAUAGCGAAAACUCGUUCAAUAAACUCAUCACUGUGUUUAUGGCACACAAUGUCUGCGAUGGGAAUCAAUUGGAAAUCGGUUUCUAUCCCAUGAUAUCCACCAGUGAUUGCGGUAUUGGACGCCAUUUCACUCGACCCGAUGACCAGUGUUUUCGGUGGCAUAAAGUCAUCGACAUAUCUGCGCCUAUAGUAAACAACCGAUUAGCUGAGCCUGGUCUGAAUGAAUGCAUGCAUUGUGUAAAUAGCAGUGAUUCGCACCAAAUAUACGACACAUUCACACAAAAUGUCUCAAAGGAUGGGAGGAAUGACCGCAAGAAGUGUCGACACAAAUGUGGACCAAAACUACGCGAAAGACUCUUUCGACAGAUUUGGUGACGAUUUGUGUCAAUACUUAUUGACUUAUCUGUCACUCGAAGAUCGGUUCCGAUUUCAAUGUCUGUCCAAACAGUGGCAACGAGUCGUAUAUCACACACAGAAAGACAUUAUUAUUGAUGGAUAUUAUGACAAGACUUCGGAAAAAAUGACUGG